AUGGCAUCUACCAACGAACCGGCAGACCCCAUCCCCAAUGGAAUGUUUGCCACUGCACGCCAGGCCUUUGGAGAUCUCUUCAUCUGGAAGCAGCGUGUCGAGGUAACCAACGAACAUGGCGAGUCCCGAACAGAAUGGCAAGCCCCAGAACCAAUCAAGAACCCUAUCAGUUUGCUGGCUCAGCUUUCAGCUCGCGACUGGUUGUUCUUCCUUGUGGGACUCACUGCCUGGACUGCCGAUGCCUUUGACUUCCACGCCCUGUCUAUCCAGACCGUGAAGCUGGCAGAUUACUACGACAGAUCCAAGACCGACAUCACUACAGCUAUCACGUUGACUCUGCUGCUGAGAAGUAUUGGAGCUGCCGCCUUCGGUCUCGCUGGUGACAAGUAUGGCCGAAAAUGGCCCAUGGUGCUCAACAUGAUCAUUCUAGGAGUCCUGCAGAUUGCUACAAUCUACAGUAAGACAUUCCAGCAAUUUUUGGCUGUUCGCAGUCUCUUUGGUCUUUUCAUGGGUGGUGUGUAUGGAAAUGCCAUUGCCAUGGCAUUGGAACAUUGUCCUGUCAACGCCAGAGGACUCAUGUCUGGAAUUCUUCAACAAGGGUAUUCACUGGGCUACGUGUUUGCAGCAUGUGCCAAUCUCGGCGUCGGGGGUGGCACAGAAACCUGGAAGACUGUCUUCUGGAUUGCCGCCGGUAUCUCAAUCGCAGUCGGACUAGUCCGCAUCUGUUUCCCCGAAUCCAAAGCUUUCAUCGAGGCCAAGAAAUCAGGAAAACGAACAAUGACCGCAGGAGAAUUCUGGCGGGAGACAAUCGCUAUGCUAGGGAAAGAGUGGCGCAUGUGCAUCUACUGCAUCAUCCUCAUGACCUGGUUCAACUUCUAUUCCCACACAUCGCAAGACUCAUACACCACCUUCAUGCUCACCUCAAAAGAGCUCGACAACACCGGUGCUUCACGAGCCUCUAUCCUAAUGAAGACAGGAGCCUGUGUUGGAGGCACCAUCAUCGGAUACCUGUCCCAAUUUGUCGGCCGCCGAAGGGCGAUCAUCGUCGCUGCUUUCGUAUCUGGAGUUCUCAUCCCCGCGUGGAUCAUGCCGCAAGGCGAGCGAGCCUUGAGCGCAACUGGCUUUUUCAUGCAAUUCUUCGUUCAGGGCGCCUGGGGUGUGAUCCCCAUCCAUCUGAAUGAGCUUUCGCCUCCUGCUUUCCGAUCCUCAUUCCCUGGUCUCACGUACCAGCUUGGGAACAUGAUUUCCUCUCCUUCAGCGCAGAUCGUGAAUGCUGUCUCUGAGUCCAUCUCGGUUACCAGUGCAUCUGGUCACAGGGUCAAUGCAUACGGGCCCGUUAUGGGAGUUGCAACUGCGAUCAUCGCUGUUGGUAUCAUGGUCACUACUGCUGUUGGUCCUGAGAAGCGUGGUCGUCGCUUUGAAACUGUUAUUGCUGGAGUUGACGAGGCUGCUGAUACUAAAGUGAUGGAUAUUGAAUCGGGUGAUCAGGAACAUGAUAAGUCGAGGGAUGAGAUGAUUGAGCUGGCGGACCAGAAGAAGUGA